AUGAGUCUUUGGCAGCUCUUCUUGUGGAUUUCCUUAUGUUCAAUUGGUAUUCUUCAUGGGUUAUCAAUUGAAGCUUUAGGAAGUUCAUCUAUGUUCUACAGAGAAUCUGAUAUUCAUCCCCGUUUUGCACGUCAACUACAGGAAGACCUUCGCUGUUUAUGCCCGUGUGCAUGUACAACAACAACAACAACAUCCAGUAAGCAACAACUACUUCAGACACAACAACGACUACAUCAACUAGCUCUACUACAAGUACCACUUCUACUAGCACUUCAACUACAACCACAACCACAUCAACUACAUCAACAUCAACUAGUUCUACUUCAAGCAUCACUUCCACUAGUACUUCAACUAGUAGCACAAGCACAUCAACUACCAGCACAACUACCUCGACUUCAACUUCAACAACUAGCAGUUCCACAACAAGCACAUCAACUUCAACAACAUCGACAAUCACUACCACGACGUCAACUACAUCAACGUCAACUGGUUCUACUUCAAGUACCACUUCUACUAGCACUUCAACUAGUAGUACAACUACAUCAACUACCAGCACAACUACCUCGACUUCAACUACAACUACAUCAACUUCAACAAGCAGCAGUUCCAGCACAAGUACAUCAACUUCAACGACAUCCAGUAGUUCUACUUCAACU